UCCUGCUGCCGCACUUUCACUCUCCGCAGUCGCAUCCCCUCCACGUCCUGCCUCCGUCCACCCGCCGCCCGCUCUAGCCAUGGAUGCCAAGAUCGUCGCUGUGCUGGCUCUUGUGCUGGCUGCGCUGUGCCUCAGCGACGGGAAACCGGUCAGCCUGAGCUACAGAUGCCCUUGCCGAUUCUUUGAGAGCCACGUCGCCAGAGCCAAUGUCAAGCAUCUCAAAAUCCUCAACACUCCGAAUUGUGCCCUUCAAAUCGUGGCAAGGCUGAAGAACAACAACAGACAAGUGUGCAUCGACCCGAAAUUGAAGUGGAUUCAGGAAUACCUGGAGAAAGCUUUAAACAAGGGGCGCAGAGAAGAAAAAGUGGGGAAAAGAGAAAAGAUAGGAAAAAAGAAGCGACAGAAGAAGAGAAAGGCUGCUCAGAAAAGGAAAAACUAGUUAUCUGCCACCUCGAGAAGGACCACAGUGCACUCUGCUCUUGUGUCUCCCGGCGCUUUGUAAAUCUGCCCCAACCCUCCUCCAGGGCAGAGCCCCUGCUUCCCGGGCGGGCGCUCAGACUUCCAUGGGGGAGCAGCAUUUUGCCGCCACUGUGGCCACCCCGGGUCCUGUAUUUAUGUGCUUUUUAGGGCCUUUCCUGGUCUGCUAAGUUAAGAAGAAAGUAGUUGUACAAAGACCGGGGUUGGAGUCUAUGACACAGAGCCUGUGUGCUCAGGACUCUGUCUAGAACAGCCUGGGACUCCGGAAUGGCCCAGCGCUCCAUCUAGAAUGGCCCAGGGUCUCUCUCCAGCAUCACCCUGGGCUGAGGAGCCUCCACCCUGCCCUCCGCUCCCUCUCUCGCAAGGCCCAUGAUCACGAGCGCUCAGAGCUCACACAGCUCCACACCCUUACGAUCUGCGUUCCCGUCUGGGGCCAGCGUGUGGCCACCUGGCCUGUGCACAGAGCGGCCCGCUGGCCCAGCAGCCGGCAUCUCACCCAGCAAGGGCCAUGUGCCUGAUACCCUCUCACCUGCCACUGCCGGUGGCAUCACUGCCCUUGCGGGGCAGAGCUGGCUGUGGCCAUGCCAUUUGCAGGCGGUAACUGACUCCUUUCCCCAAAUGCCUGCUGCCUGGCUCUCCACCACUCUGCCACCUGGGGUAGGACUUUUCUGGCCUCUCCCUCCCUGGGCCUGGGGCUGUAUGAGCGGCUUUACCUCCAAGCUUGGGCGGGUUUCUUCAGACCGUGUGGGGAGAAUGGCUGACGGCUCCGCAUUUCCAGAGAGCAGUUGUGGAAAUGCUUCUCAGGGAGCCUCUUUGCAGGGCAAUUCACUCUGUAGAUUCUUUAAACGGGUCCCUGAUGCAGAGGAGUUGUGUGAAGGGCCUGUAGCUCUGGGGACCCCUAGCCUAUCCCCUUCCCCCUUCUGCAUGACCCCAAGUGAUUAGGUUCUGGGACGCAGCUGCCUCGGUCCUCACUCACCACCCCGACCUCAACACACAUACACACGCAGAUUCAGGGCUGAGCUUUCUUGCCAAGUCUCUCUAAUUUGGACUGGAAGGAGGGGGAUCACAGGGGAGAGCAAGGCCCUGAUUUCAGUAGUGCUUUGAAAAGGGAAACCUUGAAUAUCUACUCUUCUCCCCAUCCCCCUGUCACACAUGGACACACACUCACCCUGUACCCCAGACCCCUGGUCAUAAUUUCAGUACAUGGAUCCAGAAAGACGACAUGGUUGAAGGAUGGGGCACAUGGAUUUCAGGAGAAGAAACCCAAGGUCCUUGCCUGUCACCUGGGUCACAGAGCGCUGUGUCCCCCUCACGCUUUAGUGCGCUCCUUUUAAUUGCAGCAUAAGGAAUUACAGCCAUUACUUUUCCUCACUGGAGAAGUGUCCCCCUAGGGCACUGUAGCCAAAGACUUUUACUUCCCACUGCCAUCCCUUGUACCUGGCUAACUCCCCCAGGCUGUGGCCCUCUUGCCAGCAACAGGGAUGGCAGGCCUGCUCCCGGGCGUGUGGGUUGCCCACUUACCUCAUCCUGCCUGUGGUGCCUCCGAAGGCCUCUGCAUGGCUGCUGGGCUACCCAGGGCUGCAGUCCUUUCCGUGGAAGCCAGCAGCAGUUCUUGUCUGCAGGACCUUGGCCAGGGUAGCGCUACUCUUACAAAAGCACCUGCAGAGGGUCAGACCUGUGACUCCACGCUCCCUUUUUCACACCGCAGGAGCAGUACAUUUCUGUGCCAGAGAGGGUGACAGGUCUGUUCUGGGAGAGCUGUUUGCCCUGUAGCAGCUGUGGGUCAAGCUAUUGUUUCCCUGAGGUAAGCAAUAGCUUACAGACUGCUUUCUGCAGUGCCCAGGGAGACAGCACGGGCCACCUCUCCUGGGGGAGCCAGGGCUGCGGGGACUCAGAGGGUUGGACCCACAUUAGAAAACAUAGGCAAGCCCCUGUCUGUCCUUAUAUGACUCCAUUGGCCCUGGGGCCUCACUGCAUCUGACCAGCGGGCCUCAGCCCCGCUGAAGGCAGGGUCGCCGUGGAAGAGCCGAAGAGCUGGACCUCCAUUCCGUUGUGGGUUGAAACUGACUAGGCAGCGCUCGCGCGUCUGCCACCAGGUGCGCAUGCGCGGUCCCAGUGCCGGCUGCCUGGGCGCCUAGCUCCGGGGCCACUCCGCCGCGCCAGCCCAGAGGUCCUGGGGCUUAAUGUCUAUGCUGGGCUAAGGCAUCGCACUUCGUCCUGCCUUGUGACCACUGUGCCAUGCCAUCUCCGUGCCCUUGUUCGUCCAUCCGCCCUGUGCUUGCUGUGCCCACCUGCCCUCUCUGCUUCCCGCCUUCCAUCCGUCCUUCGCUUCCGCCAUGCUGUCUCUCUCAUUUCAGUCCCCCUGCUCAGGGUCUCGGAAGGCAGAAGCACCACAGAGAUUUGGAAAUCAGGGGUGUGUCCCCGGCUGGAGCGGGGUUCAGCGUCUCAGGUGUGCGGCCCGACCACUGCAGGAACCCGCCUUAAUGGUGUCUCCCUCUGUUCUUGUUAACAGGAGGUUCAAGAUGUGAGAGGCGCAGGUUGGGUCAGACGCCUGAGGAAACCUUACAGUAGGAGCCCAGGUCUGAAAUCAGUUAGGAAGGGUCUGUAGCUAGCCACCCCCUGCACCCAGGCAGGCCUGAAUGCAUUUCCAAGAGGCUCGUCUUGCACAGUUUGCCUUACUUCACCAUUUGAUUAUGUAGCAAAAUAUAUGGCGUUUAUUUCUCAUUUAGUCUGAUUAUCCAGUGUCACUGGCGACAGAUAGGAACUUAGAUUAAGGCCAUUCUUUUACCUGCUUUGUUAUAAUAUCCUUCCCGGAACCCCUUAUCUAGCCAGAGGUUUCUGAGCUGUGCAGGCUGGAACCCCAGACGGAGGGAGCCUUGCCCACAUCACCGUGUCCAGGGUGGAGAGCCACCAGGAGGUGUCAGCACCAGUGAGCGUGGGCAGACCUUAGUGAAGGCUGCCCUGUGCAGGGGCGGAGGCGGGUGGGGGAGAGGUUCUGGGGAGCCAGGCAGGAGCUUCACCCUUCCUCAGGGUGAGAGCAGGGUUCUGCCUCUUUGGCGAGUACCGCAGGGCUUCCCUGAGCUGAGGCAGGCAGGAGUGUGAGGCCAGGGCAGGGUGAGAUUCACCCCUCAUCCCAAGCUCUCCUCUACAUCCCAUCACGUCCUUCUCAUCAUUCUCUCUCUCAUCCAUCAUCAUGUGUAUCCAAGACUGUCUCCAUGACCCAGGAAAAGGACUCUCUCAAGAGCAAAGCUUUACUUUAAACUGGGCACCAAGAAGUAAAUCAAAAUGUCUCGUGUUACCUGGUCCUGGAAGCACUGUGCACGUCUGUGGCUUGUUUGGAAUAUUGUCCAUUGUCCAAUCCUGUGUUUUUGUUCAAAGCCAAUGUCCUCGGUGCAUGCACUGUCAGUUCCUUAAAUGCAAAGCCUGAGAGUGAGGAGAUGCCCCUUGGGGCCUUUGACCAGAUUUUUGAUUAGGGCUGUGAUCCUUUUGGAUGGAACCUUGUUUUCCCCAUGAUCACAAACCCAUGUUGGAUCAACAGAGCCCAAGGGAAUUCGGUUUGCAGCAGUAUGACCUUCGAGGAUGCAGACCCUCAAGGCGUCUGUAACUGUUGGUACCUCAGAACUACAGAGAGUUUUGUCUUCGCGGUGUCAGCACUGUUUGGGGAAUAACAAGAAAAGAAUUUUCAACUUUUUUUUGGUUUUGAAAGCCCAGUCCCUAAAAUAAUCAAUCCUGGACAUGAAGAUUCCUUCCCGAUUAAAAUCUAACCUCAUUUUUUUCACCAUUUGAUGAUCCCAUCAUCUCUUAACUUGGCACAGUGGCCCCUGGACCUUCUCUGCUGCCGCUGUCAUCUUGUGCUUACAGGAUGUCCAGCAGGGCAUUCCUCUUAGAAAAGCAUGGGCUGGUUGGGAAAGUAGCUUAACAAUCCUGACGUUUAGGGUGUUUCCCUUUAUUGAGAGCAGUUUGUAGAGCUGCAUUAAACAGUUUAAAGAUCUCACUUUCUGAAAAGGAGGCACUUGAGGGCUUUUGGCUUGUUUUGUUUUUCAUUUGGUCUCACUAAUACUUUUCCCCUCUGGUUAAGUUUUUUUUUUAAUUAAGAAAGCAGAAAAAAAAGAAGGGCAAAACAAGGAAAUGUAUCAAUUGACAGGAUGAUGUAAACAACAUGCAGAAAGGAUAUUCUUGUAAAAUAAUCUUGAAUUGUAGGUGUUCUCAGAUUUAAUAACCUUUGGGUUAUCAGUACCAUGUGUUAGGCAUUUCCAUAAAUAUGCCUUUAAAUUAGAUCUUCAUGCAAAUAGACGCAAAUCCAUCAACCAAACAAAAAUUCACAUCCUCAAACCAGCUUUGUUAUAUUGAAAACAAUAGAGUAUGGAGGGGCCUUUAUUAGUUAUAAGGGAUACAGAGCUGGUUUCAAAACCCUCUUCUGAAGUUAACCUGUCACUACAGGCCUUCUGAAUUAUACAUGAAAUGAUCUAAUUUUCAGUGGGAGAGUCAUUUUCCAAGUAAUUCAAGACAUUUUAAAAUCUCAUGGAAAUUUUGGAAUUACCAUCCCCUGGAACCCAUGAACCAGAACCAUUAAAUCUCUUUCUCCAAGAAAAUUAACAUGGCCCUAAAUAAAUCUUGACUACAGUUAAGAAUAAUUUUUGUUUCUCCCCUAUAGGGGGAAAAAAUAGAUAAGAGGAGAAACUGCAGGAAAAAUGAUUUGUGUGACAAUCCCUCUACUUGCAAUCUGCUCCUGAGUGGAGACUGCCCAGCUAAAGCAAAUAUGCAUUUAAAUAGUCCAUUUGCAAAGGAAAAGGCUCUCCUGAUCCCCUUUUGCUUUCAAAAUACAAGUGGAUCACUUUGAUUAGGGGUCACCUAGCUGUUCUUCCUGGUCCAGUGCUGCCUCUACCUGACCUUCCCUUGGGCUCCGUGUAACCUCCAGGGUGGUCCUCCACUGCCAGCCUUUGCAUCAGGACCCAGGCAGAGAAGACGUGGGGGCACUGAACUCACAGACGUGCUGUGUGUUGGAAUCCGAAUUUGUGCCUUGUGUUGUUUUGCACCGUUCUUUGUCCCACUCCGGCCAGGUGCUGAGACCCCAGCGAGACACACGAAGGACCCUCUGCUUAUCUGCCUGUCCUCCAGAGAAAGGAGGGCCAGCUUUGAGCAGAGGGCCUGAGUAGCAAAAGGUUGCAGUCCCCACUGUGUGAAGUCCAGAGAACUUCUAAGCCUUUUCACUUGAUCCGAUUUGACCUUCCUUUUCUGACUGCCGCCUGGUGUUAUCACUAUGGGAUCUCUCACUGGGAGUUCAUCACCUUUCCCAGGUGGUGCAUCCUUUUGUAGCUGGAUGAGAAUUGUGGGGUCCUGAUCUCUACACAUAUUCCCUGGGAAAUUUCCCAUCCCUGGGAAAUGUUCCCUGGAAACCUUCGAGUCCCCUAAGGAGACCACUGACAUUGUCAAGUUGAAAAAUCCCAUAGACUGUUACUCUGCAACCUCGCUGGACUCUCAGUCUCUGAGCGGUGAUGGGUUCAGUGUUAAAUGCGAUAAAUACUGUAUUUUGUAUUGUUUAAACUGCAUCUCCCACAUAAUGUGAAAAUGGUCCAGGAGAAGGCAGCUUUCUAUAUGCAGUGUGCUUUUUUUUUUUAACAAGUAACAACUCCUUUUGAGAAACAACAAUUUCUACUUUGAAGUCAUAUCAAUGAAAAGAUGUAUAUGCACUUAUAAUUUUCCUAAUAAAGACAUGUACUCAAAUGUA